AUGGAGGGUCCGGCUGAAGGCCGGUCGAAAAAAGUGUGGGUCUACGAGCGUGACCAGCCGGACGCCAUCCAGGUCAACAUCCCGAAGAACUUUGAACCGGAUUUGAAAGAUCCCAAAUUUCGUACCGACACCUGGGCCCGCACUGUUUACCAUGUGAUCGGGAAAGGGAGUCAAGCAAAAGUGAUCGCGGCCGUCAAGAAAGACAAGCAUGGAAAUGAAGUCAGGCUGGCUUGUAAGAGAUACGAUUGCUCAAGAGCAAGCGAGUGCAAAUUAAUCCUACGCGAACUGCAGAUUUCUCAAUUCCUGGAGCACAAGCAUAUCGCUCGCCUCUACGAAUAUUUCUACGACGAGGGCCCCACUGGGAAGCUCGAGUACCUUUGGCUGGUAAUGGAACGCGCCAGCAUGAGCCUCGACAAAUUUUACGACAGUAGAGUGCAAGCGAGGGAACCGCGGAAGUAUAGCCAUGAAAAUCUGGAAAAGCUGCUCUAUCAAAUGCUGCUUGCCAUUGACCAUCUCCACAUGAUCGGCAUCAUCCAUCGGGAUAUUACCCCGAAAAAUAUUGGAAUUCUGCUCCUAAGAAGCGGCUUCGAGCAUACCACCGAGCCGCGAACCCCGAAAAUUUACUACCCGCCGGAAGCCCUCCUCCCCAAACCGGAAUACGACGCGCGGAUCGACGUCUGGUGUGCGGCGCUGGUGUUGCUUGAGGCAUUUGGAGAACAACCUCCUAGCGCUACCGGCCCACAGGAGCGAUUCAAGCUAAUGAAGCCAAGCAGGGACGAAUGUGUAGCUUUCCACAACAACGUUAGAUUGGCUGUGGAAUACAAGCACAACUUCGUCCUGGGCAAACACCCAAAGCCUCCGGAAUUUGACAACAUCGUGAAAAAGGUCAUCCAAGAAUGGUGCCACGUUCCGGACAACCCAGACGAAACGGCGAGGAAAAACGCACAGCUACUCAAAUUGCUGCGCUCGAUGCUAGCGCGAGACCCGAAGAGCCGACCCUACACUUCGCAAUGCCUGGAGGACGAGUAUUUGAAAAUAGCAAAAGAAAAGGAUACGGCCACAACGGCUACUACCAGCAACACCGACCAGGAAGCCUUGCAGAAUCUGCACUCCAUCGUGAAACAGUUUUCGUACAAUGUCCACGUG